UUUUUCCUAGGCUCACACCUGCACGUGGUGUUAUGUCAAACAGUGAAAAUCAGUCAAUGGAGGUGCAAACAAGUUUAGAGGAUCGAGCGUUUGUUUUGAGUUUUUACGUAUUAAAUAAUGGUAGUAGCGGGAAUGUAUACAACAAAAUCUAGAAAAGCCUCUUCUGACGAGGAACUAUCUACCUCAGACGAUGAACUGCAGUCUGAUCAAAUUGCUGAUGCUUCUCAAGGGAACCCAGGCUGGGCAGAUUCCAUAGCACAUGUUCUCAGUACAAAUAAACCGAAAACUAAAAAAACAUUAGUUCUUUCCAAAGCGAAGAAAAUAACAAAAAUCAAAACAGAGAAACGUCCAUAUGAUUUCGAAAUUGAUGGUGAAAUCAAAGAAGAAAAACCAGACCCCGAAGCAGUUAAUGAAAAUAUAGAAUCAAAAAAAAGAAAAAAUCAAGCACUAUCUCUUCGGGUCAAGCCUACAAUAGCUGAUAGAGAAAGAGAGCGGGCAUUGAAGAAAAUUGCCACAAAAGGUGUGGUACAACUUUUCAAUGCAGUUCGCACACAACAGAAGGAUAUUGAAGACAAGUUGAAAGAGGAAAAGCUGGACCAUAGGAAAGACGCCGUUCUAAAUAAUAUAAACAGACGGAAAUUCUUGGAUGUUCUAAUGAGUGGCGAGCGAGCUAAGUCGGAGCUUGUAGACAAUGCGGUUAAGAAGGAAGAAAUCAAAAGCGAGGAUGAAGAUAUGGAUCAAACGCAUGAAUCACAAUGGAGUGCAUUAAGAGAUGACUUUAUGACCGAUAAAAAAUUCAGGAAUUGGGAUCAGGAGGAUAGCGAUUCAGAUAACGGAAAUAUGGAAGAUAGUAGUUCUAGUGAUAAUGAAUAAAUAGUUUUUAUUUG